UUGAUCAUUUUGGCUUCGUUUUAAUGCUAAACAUAGCAGCCUUACAAUCAAACGCCAAGGGAGUGUCUCGAUAAACCGUGCACUUAAUUGUUCAAGAGAAAUGGCAUGUAAUCAUUUAGAUUCCCUUGCUAAAGAACUAGUAGAUGUUGGUAUUAUGAUAAAUGAAAAAAUGAUUGAAACAGGGGUUUGGAAUGGCACUGUUGAUACAUGCCGAAUAUUUAAUUGUGAUGAAACACCCCAGUUUAUUAAUUAUGGAAUUGAUGGUACCACUUCUGGAUUAUUUUAUGCUGGCAAAGGAGAUGCAUGUCAAAGAAUGUAUAGAGAAAACAGAGAAUGUGUCACAAUUCAACCAUUUGUUUCAUUUUCAGGCGACAUAUGUAUGUGUCAGGUAAUAUUUAAAUGUACUGGUAUUACUAGUUCUAUGGUUCCAACAGAAGCAGUAAAUAAAAUUCCCCAUUUGUUGGUCACAACUACAGAUAAUGGAGUAUCAACCCAUGAAUCUUUCUUGGCAGCAUUGAAAGAGUUUGAUGUCUACUUAAAUCAAAAAAAUGUUAAGCGACCCAUCGUCUUAUUAUCAGAUGGACAUAGCUCUAGACUAGACUUUGAUGUAUUAUUUUUUUUGGAGUCCAAAAGAAUUCAUCUUUUUCUUACUCCACCAGACACAACAGGAGUUACUCAACUUCUUGACCAAGUAAACAAGAACAUUCAUAGUGAGUAUCGUAAGCAAAAAGACUCUAUGUUUUCUGAUAUCUGUUCCUUAAACAAAAAAGCUUUUAUGUUAGUUUUAGCUAAUAUAUGGGACAAGUGGACAACCAAAGAAACGCUUGUAAAAUCUGCUAAAAGGGUUGGUGUUGCCGAAAAUGCAUUGAGUGUUGAUUUUAUGCAAAAAGACAAAUUCGAACGAGCAGAAAACUGUAUUGAACCAGAAAAACAGACUUCUCCACUAAUUUCUUCGCCGGAUAAAAGACGUGGUUCAGCAAAUUAUUGGAAAUCAAAAUUUGAACAAGCGAUGGAGUUGAUUGAUGAACUUCAUGAAAAGAGCAUUCAGCUGGAAGAAAUACCUGGUUUUAUGACAACCAAAAAGAUAAAGCCAAAAUUAACAAAAGAUGCAACACGUGUUACCCAAGUACAUGGAUCAAUGACUGCAAGCGAUGUAAUAACUCUAGUUGAAAGCAUAAAAAGAAAAAAAGAAAAAGAAAAGGAAAAAAAAGAAAAUGCUGCAAAAAAGAAAGAGGAAGUUACAAGACUCUUUAUAACAUGUAAGCUUCAAUGCUAUUGCGAGGAGAUAAAAUGUAAAGCUUUUGGCUUAAAGCAGUGUCCAACCUGCCUCAAUAUAAUGCAGUCCAUUUGCAGCAAAGCAAACUGCAAAGUAAAUGGAAAAAACCCAGAAAUGAUUUUAUCUGCAGCUGCUAGAAAGAAAUAACUGUGAUAUUCAAAAUCUUUUUUAUUAAAU